AUGAGAAGUCUUAACAAUCUUUUUGCCUGUAGGUUAUACCAAUUUCAACAAACCUUUCUUGGGCCAACAGGAGAUAAUGAAUUUGAACCAUUAACAUGUAAUUGGUGUUAUCGUACAGUUUGUUUUCCAGAGGAUUCAAUAAAAAUAAUAUCAAGAAAACGUGCAAUAAAAAUCGGUUUAAUUAAAACAAAUGAAGUAAAGCAUAAAGUUGUUAUACAAAGCUGUUGUCAUAGUUGUGGAAAAUGUUCAACAACUCUUCUAGACAAAGCACCAACGAAAAUUGAAAGUUUAACAAAGAAACAAGUUAUUGAAAGAAAGAAAGCAAAGGAUAAUCAAAAAAAUAAAGAAGAAAAAGAAAGUAAACCUAAAAAAUUUAAAUCUAACUCACCUCCUAAUGAGGAUACCUUUAGAAAAAAUUUAGUAAAACAAAUAAAAAAGAAAUCAAAAACUGAAUCACAAAUAACUCAAGAAGCACGUUCAAGUUUAUUAUCUUUUUUAAAACAAGUAGAUUAA